AAUCGAUCCCAGGAUCCACGCAUUGCCACGUCGAGGCCAUUUUUGGUACGUUUGCAUCGCUGACGACGAACGAUAUCAACCAAACUCUAACAUUGUGUUACAAUGGGAGGUUCGGUAAGUUCCGAAAUUCCAGGAGGAGGAACAGAAGGCUAUCAUGUUUUGCGGGUACAGGAUGGCUCACCUGGGCAAGCUGCUGGUCUUGAAGCUUUCUUUGACUUUAUUGUUGCUAUUGGACAUACUAGACUUAAUAAAGACAAUGACACUCUCAAGGAGCUGCUGAAAGCCAACAUUGAGAAGCCAGUGAAGAUGACGGUGUACAGUAGUAAGACACAGGGUGUUCGGGAAGUGGCUAUCAUUCCUUCACACCACUGGGGUGGCCAGGGUCUGCUGGGUGUCAGCAUCAGGUUUUGCUCAUUUGAAGGUGCCAAUGAAAAUGUGUGGCAUAUUUUGGAGGUGAAACCAAACUCUCCGGCAGAUCUGGCAGGGCUGAAAUCAGAUUCUGAUUAUGUUAUUGGUGCUGAUUCUGUCCUUCAUGAGAGUGAGGACCUGUUCACCUUAAUAGAGUCUCAUGAGGGAAAGCCACUGAAGCUGUAUGUCUAUAAUGCUGACACAGACUCUUGCCGAGAAGUCACUAUCACACCAAAUGGGGCCUGGGGGGGAGAAGGAAGUCUUGGCUGCAACAUAGGGUAUGGGUACCUUCAUCGCAUUCCAAAACGACAGUUUCCAUCUGACAAACAUCCUUUAACAGCUGAUGCCACACUCCUUCCUGUUGCUUCACAGAAAAAAACGGAUGGCUUCUCGGAGGUUCCCCUCAGCACACCACCUGGCAACCUGACAGCUGGUGUAGCCAAUCUCUCACUUAGUGCAGGGUCUCCCACCAUCCCAGUCAUGCCACAGAUUGCUACCAUCACUGCACACACGGAGGCAACACAUAUGGUUCCUGGUGUGGCUGCCGCUGCCUACACCACCUCAUCGUUUCCUGCAGGUCUGCCUCCUCCAGCACCUCUUCCCAACUUAGCUAGCCUGGCCAAUAUUUCCUUACCAGGUAUGCCACCUGUGUCUGUGCCACUGCCACACAUGAACAUAUCAACACCACUGCCUGUCGGAGGAACAAGCUUGGCAUCAGCAAUUUCGGGUGUGUCUCCCCCUCUGCCAUUGCCCAAUUUUUCCUCGCCUCUGUCUGGUCAACCACCCCUUAAUUUCAAUUUCAUUAGUGGAACACCAACAGGCUUCAUGCAUCCUGCACCCAAUGCCUUCACACCAUCAGCAUCUGCAUUGUCUGGCACACCACCCCCCACACAAGCCACAGAUAGCAAUGUGUCACUGCCUGCAGAAGGUGUAGGUCCAGUUGCUGCAGUAUCAUCUUAAUGGACUUCUAUAACAUUGGGAGAGGGGUGGGGUAUUCGGGAGAGCAGAUGGUAUGAUGAACUACUUUGUAGUUCAGAUUAAUGUAUGACUGACGAGCAAUUGGGCUGAUAGUGGAUUGAGUUUGAAUUUUGUUUUUGCUGUUUGUGUGCUUGUUACAUGGGGCUUGGACACAAAAGGUGAUAAAGUUCCUUUGGCUGUGUUAUUAAAGUUUGGAUUCUGCAUUUGUGGCGUUGCCAACAUAAUGUUUUACAUCUGGGAAUUUGUGCUUUUCUUUGUAUCUUUUCAUCCUUAAUUGUAUCUUUUCUACAUGUCCAUCAAAUGGGUUUGGAAACAUGAUGUCCGUGAACUACACAUACUUAUUGAAAUUGUUCUCUAUUUAAUACUACAGAAAUGUCACUGUUAGUUAUGAUAGUUAAGUUUUUUUUUUACCCCUCAAGGAGCAUAGGACCGCGUUAGGUAUGAUGUUUAUCAGUAAUUUCUUCUAAACUAGUUUUAAAAUAAAUUAUUAAGUUUUUGAUUUUGAUUUUUUUUUUUUUUUCGUUUGAGUUCAGUCACAUUUCUCUUGUUUUGGUUGCUCCUUGAUCCACAAAAUCUUUUUUUGUUCUUUGUUCUUGCUCCAUAGUAAACUUAAGUCUUAUUGAAAUCUACCCUUUCUGAGACAUUUUGUAUAGUCUAAUAAUGUUUAAAAAAAAUUGAGUGAAGGGAAGCAAUUUUAAUAUAGGUUAAAAGAUCAAGACUGGCUCGUGUCCCUUUAUGUAUAUAUUUAUAUUACCAUUCAGAUUUUAUGUGCUGAAUAAAUAUUAAAAAGCAAUACUUCAGCUGAAUUCUUUAUCACUUCACACAAUAUAUGGCUGUUAAGUGGUGACUGAGGAAUAAAAUUACUGGAGUUCAAAAUGCUGAAGACAAAAGUGACUAUUACCUUUAGGACAUUUAUUCUCUGCCAUCUAUAUGGCAUGUGUAUAUUGUUUGUCCCAAGGCUUCUGAUCUCAAGUCCUACCAAAUUUUGUUUAUUUUUUCUUUUUUUUAAAAAAAAAUUAAUUUCUAAAGGUUGCAGUUUCUUGCUUUUAAAUAUAUGAAAUUUGGGAACAAUAGGCCAGUUUAAUUUGGAAGAGUGUUUAGGCCAGUUUUUCAAAUCAAAUAUGUGUAGUUGAAAUCAUGCAGCAUCUAUGGUUGUGUUCAGUAUUUUGGGGGCAUUUUUAACAUGGCUGGCAUCUAUGAUCAGCUUGUAUGAAGGUGCUAGGAAAAAAAAUAGGAAAAGAGUUUAAGGAUUUUAUUCAUAAAAUUCUUUGUUCCUGUGUAUUUUGAGUUUAAGCCUUUCACUUUAGAUCAUACGUCAAAGAAUGCUCUGUAGCCUGACAGUAUGCUAGACUGAAACAUGAGGUUGUUGGUUUAAGGUUUUAUUAGGCCUGUGGCUGAAAACUUCCUUCUGCUGUUGGAGUAGUAGAUUCAGACAUCAACAGGGUACUUUCUGUCAAUAUCUUAUGAACAAUUUUUCCUGGAAUGUUUUUUGUUGUUGUUUGAGGAGGCAGGGUCAAGGGGGUACGUGGUGAGGCAUACCUAAUGGUUGUAAGCAAAUAAUGUACAAGUAUUCAACAAGUAAUAGAGCUAAUUUCCAUUAGUCCUUCCUGUUGGACGUAUAACUUUUACGCACUUAAAAGUGGGUGGAAGCUUCACUUAAUCAUCCUUUCUUCUUAAUUUGUGAGUGCAAUACACUGCAAAUGAAACAGUGUAGACUGCAGCUAAACUGAUACAGAAUCUCUUCAGAACAAGAUAAGAAGCAAAUAAGUUGUUUAUUUAUAAAGUGUGAGAUUUUUUUUUAAUGAUCCUAUCAAAAUUGUCCUUUCAUAACAGAAUAUCAGAUGUAAGCAUCCUAUGAGACAUAGCUAUUUCCUUUAAUUGCACUUAAAGGUCUUAUGUUCAGCAGAUGCUGAAAUAGCUUACAGAGUGCUUUGCGAUACCAGGAUGUGUUUCAGUUCUCAUCGAAGUUUAAAACCCUUUUACUCGGACGUAGUGUGAUGGCAAGUAUAGCAUGGAAACCAGACAUCGGUAAGUGCUGGGGAAGCUCAGUAAAGGAUUUCAUCGAUCAUUGUAGGGGCCAUUAUGUAAUUAAUAGUUUAUGUUGCUCUAUAUGUUAGAUUUUGUUGUUUCUAUUUUGCACUUUGUGUAUGUGUGUUUUCAGGGGAUGGAGGGUAUAUUGAAAUAGAAGAGAAAAAUACCUUGUGUAAUGAAACAUCUGAUAAAAUUUUUGUGUAUUUAUAGUUUAUUAUUAUUAUGAUACAGUUUCUUCUUCAGUGCUUUUAUUCUUUUAAAUUAAUCACACUUGUUUCUAGGAUAACUUUUGGACAUGCUAAUACUUGUUUGGUAAAUUAAAGUGAAAGCAUUGUAGGACAUUCACAAAAUAAUUAUGUGCUAUUCUGCAAUGAAACCAAAGUUUCUGUGUGGCUGUAUGAGUUGUUGGUAAAUUAUUUUUAUUCAUUUAUCUAGUAUUUAUCUGACAUCCAUUUCCAGCUGCCAUUAUUCAAUGCUUGUAGGAGGGGUGAGCUCAGAUUUCCUACAUUUUGUACCACUAGAGUUGCUUUCUGUGUAUACUUGGCUACAAGAUCUUAUCUUUCACAUUUCAUCCAGCAAACUAGUUAUUUCUUUAUUUCUGUUCACUGAUGGUGACAUCAUAAACAGACAACAAUUCAUUUAAAUCUCUACUUGCUUAGGUCCAUCCUUUUACAUUCUGCUGACCAUUACCUAAACUUGGUGAAAGGCUUCUAAUUGAUCUCCAUCAUAACUCUUCAAAUAUAAAAGCACAAUAGCUUCUUAUUUAUCUUGUAGCUUCUGGAGAGUUUAUAUAAGAGGUAUGUAGACUGUGAAAUACUAUUCUUGUGAGUAUUCUCAUAGGUGUGCAUGCUAAUGUACUGUAGUAGGAUGCCAUGCUGGAAAUCCUGCCAUUACUGAGAGAGAUCUGUGGCCUGGGAAGCAGAAAUAAAACAUUUGAGUUUU